AGCUCACCUGCGGCGAGGGCGGGUGGCCAUGGCGUACUCCACCGUGCAGAGGGUGGCCCUUGCCUCUGGGCUCGUCCUGGCUGUGUCGCUGCUUCUGCCCAAGGCCUUUUUGUCCCGCGGAAAGCGGCAGGAGCCACCGCCGCUCACCGAAGGGAAGUUGGGUCGAUUUCCACCUAUGAUGCAUCAUCACCAGGCACCCUCAGAUGGCCAGACCUCUGGGGCUCGCUUCCAGAGGUCUCACCUUGCAGAGGCCUUUGCAAAGGCUAAAGGACCAGGUGGAGGCACUGGAGGAGGAGGUAGUGGAAGAGGCCUGAUGGGGCAGAUUAUUCCAAUCUACGGUUUUGGGAUUUUUUUAUAUAUACUCUACAUUUUAUUUAAGCUCUCAAAGGGGAAAAGUACUGCAGAGGAUCGGAAGUGCUCUACUGCCACACCUGGAAGCACCCACAGGAAAAUUACCAAUUUUGAGCUUGUUCAACUACAAGAAAAACUGAAGGAGACAGAGGAAGCCAUGGAAAAACUAAUCAACAGAGUGGGGCCUAAUGGUGAGAGGAGUAUUUACCACUAACUGGCCGGAUUGUCUGCCGUUUCUAAGCAGAGCACAGGCCGUGACUUCUGACCAAGAAAAACGAUUGCUG